GUGCGUCUACGUCAGGAUAAGCUCCGAGCUUAUUGGUCCCGGUCCAUUGUUGCGUAUUGAUUGCUGCGGAGCAGUGGUAUGGUCGUCGGGACACUCGGUCGUCCUCGUCGUCGUCGUCGUCGUCGUCGUCGUCGCCGUCGGUGGUGCUCAGCCGAUUAGGUUAAGAGGAGCGGGCGCAGAUAAAAAGAAAUAGUCGUCGUCGCGCGUUUCGAUCGCGUUUACCACGUUCACCCUGUACGCGCGUACACUUACAUAUUAUAAAUAGAGAAAUUAAAAAAAAAAAUAUACAUAUAUAUAAAAAUAUACGAGCGAGUAUAUACAUAUAUAUAUAUAAGCACGAAAACGGAAGUAUCUGUCGCAUCGUACUUAUGUAUUUAAAGCGCGCGUAGUGUAACAGGCGGUGGUGGUGUCAGUGGAUUGUUUUCCUGUUGUUUUUUCCGUUGCUCCAGAUUCUCUUUCGCGGGACUGAGAGAGAUCCUCGCGAGAUAUCAACGGCGGCGGCAGCAGCUGCCGCCGAACGUGGUGCGAACGAAUCGCGGGCCCGAUUCCCUCGCCGUCAGGACGAAACGAAACGAAACGAAACGGAACGGAACCGUGCUCCGACUUGGCUACGGGGGCAGAAAGCGGAGCGCGUUCGUCAAGGACGAGGACACCGAGUUUGGAUCGGUGCUGUGUUCCCAACGAAAACAUCGAUACACCUUCUUAUUGGAGCAGAUUCGUGUAAAACAGCGAGUCAUCGGACAGUGCGUCGCCAGGACGACAGUGAUCGAGUGAUAGAGAGCGAGGGAAGAAGCAUUCUCGGAGCGAGUAGAUACAGACGUAUAUAAGAGGAUCGAAGAAACGAGGUUAACGCGCGCUGAAAUCUCGCGGUUGGCGGCAUCGCGAGGACGCGGAGGCGGCGCGAAAUUAUGAAGCGCAUAAAGUGCGCCCUACUGGCCGUCGCAGCUGCCGCUGAUUGUGAUAGCCGCCGGUGAAUGUGUGACCCGGGGGCAGCAGAGAUCCGCCGGGAUGACGACCGAAGGGACGACCGAGCAGCCCCCGGUAGACGACUGCCUCAAGGAGCGGAAAUGGUGGUGCUUCCUGCUGUCGAGCAUCUUCACCUUCCUUGCCGGGCUGCUGAUCGUGCUCCUCUGGCGUGCGUUCGCCUUCCUCUGCUGUCGCAAGGAGCCCGAACUAUCUCCAAAUGACCCGAAGCAGAAGGAGCAGAAGACGGCCCGCCAGGGCAAGGAGUUCGAGGGGACUUUUAUGACCGAGGCCAAGGACUGGGCCGGCGAACUGAUUUCCGGGCAGACCACCACUGGACGCAUCUUGGUGGUGUUAGUUUUCAUUCUCAGUAUAGCGUCGCUUAUAAUAUACUUCAUCGAUGCCUCCAGCGAAGAGGUGGAGCGUUGCCAGAAGUGGAGCAACAACAUUACUCAGCAGAUAGACUUAGCUUUCAAUAUAUUUUUUAUGGUCUACUUUUUUAUACGCUUUAUCGCCGCCAGUGACAAGCUGUGGUUCAUGCUGGAGAUGUAUUCGUUCGUGGACUACUUUACGAUACCACCGUCCUUUGUGUCGAUAUAUCUCGAUCGGACGUGGAUCGGACUGAGGUUCCUCCGAGCCCUACGACUGAUGACGGUCCCUGACAUCCUCCAGUACCUCAACAUUCUAAAGACAUCGAGUUCUAUUCGUCUCGCCCAACUCGUAUCCAUCUUCAUCUCCGUCUGGUUGACCGCUGCUGGCAUCAUUCAUUUGCUUGAAAACUCAGGGGACCCUUUCGAGUUCACGAACCCGCAACAGCUUUCGUACUGGACCUGUGUGUACUUUCUGAUCGUGACGAUGUCCACGGUAGGAUAUGGCGACGUUUUCUGCCAGACGGUCCUUGGCCGCACAUUCCUAGUAUUUUUUCUACUCGUCGGUUUGGCCAUAUUCGCCAGUUGUAUCCCUGAGAUAAUUGACCUGAUCGGGACGCGAAACAAGUAUGGCGGCACUUUGAAGAACGAGCGAGGUCGCAGACAUAUUGUUGUGUGCGGCCACAUCACCUACGAAUCGGUCUCGCAUUUUCUCAAGGAUUUCUUACACGAGGAUCGCGAGGACGUCGACGUAGAAGUUGUCUUCUUGCAUAGGAAAGAGCCGGAUCUCGAAUUGGAGGGUCUUCUGAAGAGGCAUUACACGACCGUGGAGUUUUUUCAGGGCACUAUGAUGAAUGCCGUGGAUCUGGAGCGCGUCAAGGUACAUGAAGCGGACGCGUGUUUGGUACUGGCGAACAAAUACUGUCAGGAUCCGGACGCGGAAGACGCGGCGAACAUCAUGCGCGUCAUCUCCAUCAAGAACUACUCGGAUGACAUUCGCGUUAUCAUUCAAUUAAUGCAGUAUCACAACAAGGCCUACUUACUAAACAUUCCAUCGUGGGAUUGGAAGCAGGGUGACGAUGUCAUAUGCCUGGCGGAGUUGAAACUAGGUUUCAUCGCACAAUCUUGCCUCGCGCCUGGUUUCAGCACAAUGAUGGCCAAUCUCUUUGCGAUGCGUUCUUUUAAGACGUCGCCGGACACACAGGCAUGGCAGAAUGAUUACCUGCAGGGCACGGGCUGCGAGAUGUACACGGAAACCCUCUCCCCGUCCUUUACCGGGAUGACAUUUCCCCAAGCCAGCGAGUUAUGCUUCACGAAACUGAAGCUGUUACUACUGGCCAUCGAAAUAAAGGGCGAAGGAGGCUCCGACAGUAAAAUCUCGAUUAAUCCACGUGGUGCCAAGAUCGCUGCAAAUACUCAGGGAUUCUUCAUUGCUCAAUCUGCUGACGAAGUAAAACGGGCGUGGUUCUAUUGCAAAGCAUGCCACGAUGAUAUUAAAGACGAGACUCUGAUCAAGAAGUGCAAGUGCAAAAAUUUGGGGCAGCAGCAGCGCUCCUGGGGCCGGGACUUAGUGGCCACAUUCCGGAAAGGCGUGCGAGCUGUUCAGAUGGUUGGAAGAGCAAACGACCACCAUCCUCCCCCCACAUUCACUCCGCCAGAACUGCCCAAGAUGGUUCACGUAAGAGGUGAGAUCAGCCGCGAACGAGACGACCCAAAUGCCAUGAGAAAUCAUCGGAAUUCCGUUGGGAUGACUAUGAUGAAUUCGACAAAGCAGGUCAACAAGGUGAAACCGAAUGUGAAUCGAGCGACGAAUGACAGUCUGUCCAGUCCGAAUCAGCCGUAUAAUCAGAGAUCGCAAGAGGAGUCCGCAUACGCUGGCUACCAUCUCGCCUACGAAGUCAAAAAGCUCAUGCCAACGAGCAGAGCCUCGGCUGGCACGAACGUCAACAACAAUGGUGGUCUUCAGGUCGGGAUCGCUGAUGAUCAAGCGAAAGAUUUCGAUUUCGAGAAGACCGAGAUGAAAUACGACUCGACGGGGAUGUUCCACUGGAGUCCCUCUCGCAACCUCGAAGACUGCAUACUGGAUCGUAAUCAAGCGGCGAUGACAGUUCUCAACGGACACGUCGUCGUCUGCCUGUUCGCCGAUCCCGACUCGCCUCUCAUCGGACUGAGAAACCUUGUCAUGCCAUUACGAGCUUCCAAUUUUCAUUACCACGAGCUUAAACAUGUAGUGAUAGUCGGAUCGGUGGACUACAUACGCCGCGAGUGGAAAAUGUUACAGAAUCUACCGAAGAUAUCGGUUCUAAAUGGUUCGCCAUUAAGUAGAGCCGAUUUACGUGCCGUUAACGUGAAUCUAUGUGACAUGUGUUGCAUCCUGUCGGCAAAAGUGCCUAGCAAUGAUGACCCCACCCUCGCCGACAAGGAGGCCAUUCUCGCGUCCCUCAAUAUCAAGGCUAUGACUUUCGACGAUACAAUCGGCGUGCUUAGCCAAGUUGGCAGCCCGAUCGUUUUGCAGCGGCGGGGAUCCGUUUACGGAGCAAAUGUGCCAAUGAUUACAGAACUUGUAAAUGACAGCAACGUGCAGUUCCUUGACCAGGACGACGACGAUGACCCGGACACGGAACUCUACCUCACACAACCGUUCGCCUGCGGCACUGCCUUUGCAGUCAGCGUAUUAGAUUCUCUCAUGUCGACGACAUAUUUCAAUCAAAAUGCGCUGACUCUGAUUCGGUCAUUGAUCACCGGUGGAGCUACACCCGAAUUGGAAUUGAUCCUGGCUGAAGGGGCAGGUUUAAGGGGAGGGUACAGUACGGCAGAUAGCCUGUCCAAUAGAGAUCGGUGUCGUGUUGGUCAGAUCGCGUUGUACGACGGGCCAUUGGCUCAAUAUGGCGAGGGAGGCAAGUACGGUGACCUCUUUGUCGCAGCAUUAAAGUCGUACGGAAUGCUGUGCAUUGGUCUGUACAGGUACAGGUUUCGAGACACUAGCUCGUCGUGCGACGCCUCUUCCAAACGAUACGUGAUCACAAAUCCACCCGAUGACUUCACAUUAUUACCCACGGAUCAGGUUUUCGUGCUGAUGCAGUUCGAUCCAGGUCUUGAAUACAGACCGAGCAGAGGUGCCCGAGGCAAGGACGACUCCUCCUGAUUGUUGCUGUGUAGCGCCCUCACCGACGGACCAUAUUCCUACAUCUAAUCAUGCGUUAGAAAUCAUUGUGCCGCCCGUCGUCCCUGAAAUCGUCUCGUCUUCGUCGAGGAACAUCAUUGUCGUAUUGCGCAUCAUCAACGAGUUAUUAUCGGUCGCCAAAAAUAGUGAAUCGUAUUCGUUUAUUUUCUCGAUUCAUCAGUAUUGCACAACAACAAUGCAAAUAUUAUUUAAGCUUAUUCGCCGAUUCGAUCAUUUCUCAAGGAUUUCGUUUUACUUUGUUUGCCGUGUAAUGCGAUUAUAUAUAUUUUUACUGAAUCGUCGAAUAUCUCGGGAAUUGAUGCGCGAACUGAUGGACAAAGACACAGAAGCCUAAUGAACGAGUAUUGUAUCGAAGUGAGAGGACGAGUAGAAUAGGAUAAAGAAAAUAUGCGAGGAGAAGAGGACGCAAAGGGACAACGGAAAGUGGCAUAAUGUUGUGCGGUCUGAGGGUAGCUACACGUCUCUCUUUCUUUAUUCGAGCUAACAUAAGAAUAAUCGUCUUCGCCCGAAGACGAUGGCGUCAGGACUGAAUCAAACAUUUCGCAAAGCGUAACACUGUGUUAUCAAGCUCCUAUCGGCCCUCCACAACCGGGAACGAAGAAAGCGGACGGUGGGAGAGGGAAGGGGGAUAUAGCUUGAAGUUUAGCACGUGGCUUAGUCUCGAGGAGCGCUGUGGAAUUGCAAUAUCCUGUGCGCGGUGGAAACGGAAGAACACUUACCGUCAUAGUAUAAUUCAUCUUGGCACGUGUUAAUGUAUAUAAUACACUACCUAAGAGAACACCGUUGUUCAACGAGUGAGCUGUGAGAAGGCGAUGAGGGGAGGCAUGAGGAAAAGAGAGAGAGAGAGAGAGAGAGAAGUCCAGUGGAAGUGCAA